GCGCGGACCGCGCGUCGGUCCUAUUUUAGUCGCGUGUGUGGGUGAAUGAGGUGUCGCGUCGCGUACGUCUCCGGCGCUAUUUUCAUCACCCCUGCGUCCUCGCGAGCGAGUCACAGCUGAGGAGUCGGCUUGCGUGCGUGCGUACGUGCGCGAGCGAGGGAGGAAGAAGGACAGAAGUUAGUUUCGGCCGAUGAGCCCGGCCCGCUGCUUUAAUCUUUCCCGUUGUGUAACGGGGCGAGUAACGUUGUAACGAAGUCGUGUGACAGCACGUUUUUGGCGUUUGCGUUUAAAGGAACGUGAGACACGCAUACGAGCGAGAGGAUGAACGACAUGGAAGCCUACGGGGACGGAUAUAUGGCACCGGAGGAGGAAUGGGAGAGGGAGGGUCUCUUGGACCCUGCCUGGGAGAAACAGCAGAAAAAGACAUUCACAGCUUGGUGCAAUUCGCAUCUACGCAAAGCAGGCACUGCCAUCGAAUCGAUCGAAGACGAUUUCAGGAAUGGGUUGAAACUCAUGUUGCUACUUGAAGUGAUCUCAGGCGAAACCCUCCCAAGACCCGACAGAGGCAAAAUGAGGUUCCACAAGAUCGCCAACGUGAACAAGGCCCUCGAUUAUAUCGCCAGUAAGGGCGUCAAGCUGGUUUCAAUUGGCGCAGAAGAAAUUGUCGAUGGCAAUCUGAAAAUGACCUUGGGAAUGAUAUGGACCAUUAUUCUAAGAUUCGCGAUCCAAGAUAUCUCCGUGGAAGAAAUGACCGCGAAAGAGGGUCUGUUGCUCUGGUGCCAGCGCAAGACGGCCCCGUACAAGAACGUCAACGUUCAAAACUUCCACCUGUCCUUCAAGGACGGCCUCGCGUUCUGCGCCCUCAUUCAUCGCCAUCGACCCGACUUGAUCGAUUACAAUAAACUCAGCAAGGAUAAUCCGCUGGAGAAUUUAAACACUGCCUUUGAUGUCGCUGAAAAGUACCUCGACAUUCCUCGCAUGUUAGAUCCCGAUGAUUUGAUCAACACUCCCAAGCCGGAUGAGCGAGCUAUUAUGACGUACGUGUCCUGCUACUACCACGCGUUCCAAGGUGCCCAGCAGGCAGAGACGGCGGCUAAUAGAAUCUGUAAAGUAUUGAAGGUAAAUCAAGAAAAUGAGCGUCUUAUGGAAGAGUAUGAGCGUUUGGCUUCCGAUCUGCUCGAAUGGAUACGACGAACAAUGCCAUGGCUCGCCAGUCGACAAACCGACAAUUCCCUCGCCGGGUGUCAGAAGAAAUUGGAAGAAUACAGGACGUAUCGACGCAAGCACAAGCCGCCUCGCGUCGAACAGAAAGCUAAACUGGAAACGAAUUUCAAUACUUUGCAAACAAAGCUGAGGUUGAGCAAUAGACCAGCGUACAUGCCCACGGAAGGAAAAAUGGUAUCCGACAUAAAUAAAGCGUGGAAAGGAUUGGAGUUAGCCGAGAAAACGUUCGAGGAUUGGUUGCUGUCUGAGAUGAUGCGUCUAGAGCGAUUGGAACAUCUGGCACAGAAAUUCAAGCACAAGGCAGAUGCUCAUGAGGAGUGGACCGCCGGUAAAGAGGAGAUGCUGACGUCUCAACACUUCCGACAGUGUAAGCUGAAUGAGCUCAAGGCUCUGAAGAAAAAACAUGAGGCCUUUGAAUCAGAUCUCGCGGCGCAUCAAGAUCGCGUGGAACAGAUCGCAGCUAUCGCUCAAGAGCUCAACACCCUCGAGUAUCACGAUAGCGCAUCCGUAAAUGCCAGGUGCCAACGUAUAUGCGAUCAGUGGGAUCGUUUGGGUACGCUCACUCAACGUAGGCGUCAAGCUCUCGACGAAGCCGAGAAAAUCCUAGAGAAGAUAGACGUCUUGCAUUUGGAGUUUGCCAAACGCGCUGCUCCGUUUAAUAAUUGGUUGGAUGGAACCAGAGAAGAUUUAGUGGACAUGUUUAUCGUCCACACUAUGGAAGAGAUCCAAGGCCUAAUGGACGCGCACGCAGCGUUCAAAGCUACUCUCGGCGAAGCGGACAAGGAGUACAACUCGAUUGUGGGAUUAGUGCGCGAAGUUGAAUCCAUAGUUAAGCAAUACCAGAUUCCGGGUGGCCUAGAGAAUCCUUACACCACUCUCACUGCAUUGGAUCUUACCAAGAAAUGGAGCGACGUUAGACAAUUGGUUCCUCAACGUGAUGGUACUCUAGCUGCUGAACUUCGCAAACAACAAAAUAAUGAAUUACUUAGACGACAGUUUGCCGAGAAAGCUAAUGUUGUUGGACCAUGGAUAGAACGUCAAUUGGAUGCUGUGACUGCGAUUGGCCUCGGUCUUCAGGGAACUCUUGAGGAUCAAUUACAUCGUUUGAAAGAAUACGAACAGGCGGUAUAUCAAUACAAGGCUCAUCUGGAAGAAUUAGAGAAAAUUCAUCAAGCAGUUCAAGAGGGCAUGAUUUUCGAAAACCGUUAUACUCAGUAUACCAUGGAAACUCUACGUGUUGGUUGGGAACAACUUCUAACUUCAAUCAACCGUAACAUUAAUGAAGUCGAGAAUCAAAUUCUCACCAGAGAUUCAAAGGGUAUCACCCAGGAACAGUUGAAUGAAUUCCGCAGCAGUUUCAAUCACUUCGACAAGAAUAGGACAGGGAGAUUGGCACCGGACGAGUUUAAAUCUUGCCUCGUGUCUCUGGGUUAUUCCAUCGGAAAGGACAGGCAGGGCGACAUUGACUUCCAACGUAUUCUAGCCAUUGUUGAUCCCAACAAUUCGGGCUAUGUUCAUUUCGACGCCUUCCUUGAUUUCAUGACGCGUGAAUCCACCGACACCGACACGGCAGAACAAGUUAUCGACAGCUUCCGCAUUCUUGCUGGUGAUAAGCCUUACAUUUUACCGGAUGAAUUAAGGAGGGAACUACCGCCUGAUCAGGCAGAAUAUUGUAUCCAACGAAUGCCUCCAUACAAAGGACCGAGCGCUGUUCCUGGAGCACUUGAUUAUCGCUCUUUCUCGACGGCCUUAUACGGCGAAUCUGAUCUGUAGAUAAACCAUAAUGAAAUCAAAAUUGAAAAAAAGAUCGGGUGUACACAUCAGCUGAUAGGCAAACAAUGCCUAAAAAUUUCUCCUAUUGUUUUAGUCGCAUCAACAUAUUUUCAUGUGACGAUGUUUUAAAAUGAAAAUGGAGCUCGCUACGGGAGCUCUCAGUACAAUACAUACGCGAUAUCAGUCAUUACGCUAAAUAUUAAUAACUGUGUACGUAUACGCGCGCAUACAUAUUAGAGGCUGUUGAAACAUCGAGAGCGAAGAAAGAAUAAGCAACGUCGUUUUAACGCAAAGGGAUCUAAGUGUGUCGUAUAGAGAAAAGUAAAUAUUAACUUUUCCAUCAGAAUAUCUUUCGCGCACGAAUAAAAAUUACAUAUCAGAUGUACGUAGAGAGUAAGAAGAUUACGUACUUACAUAAGUCUAUUAAUGCGACAAUAAUAAAUAUGGUAUAUUUGGAUACCUUUCGUUAAAAAGAUAGAAACUCUCUAACACAUAAAUUGAUAACACCAAGUUCGAAAUUGAUAUUAUACUCUUCUAAACAUUUUGCUAUAUAUUUAUUCUUUUAUGUAGCCUACAUUAAAAUGAACAAUUUGGAUUUCAUUCUUUUUUUUUCUCUUUCGGGAAAGCAAGUGCCAAUUGAUAGGUAAGAUUUUGUACGAUUCCUCUCUGCGAACGUCCCGAAAAAGAAUAUCAAGCUAUUAAGCUUGAGAUAUGACAAAAAGGAAAGCUCAUAUAUUUGUAUAUGUGCAAUUAGUGAGUGCAUUGAUACUAGAGGCUCUCCAAAAUUUUUUAUUAUUACUAGUAGCAGUACUAGUAGUACUAGUGCUAUUUCCUCUAUGUAUAUUGGAAUAUUUAUUCUAAAGUUCUACAAUAUAUUCUACAUUUUUUUGUAUAAUUAUAUAAUGGAAGAUAUAUAUAACAUAUAUUUUUAGACUUGCGAUUUUGUCAUUGUAGCGUGACACGAAUUUAAUGUUUUCGAAUUAGAUUUUUCUGAUGAAAGAAUCCAGUAUAUAUCUUUAUUAUAUUCUCCAAUCGUAUCAUGUUUGUCGGUAAAAAAAGUGUGCUCCCCCUUUCAAAAAUUGCCAAAUUCUAUGUCGUAUAUUGGAUGCACACGUUACGAAAGCGUUGAUAUUCGGUUCGCGCCAUAGAUCAAUGUUCGCACAAAUAUACGAAUAAAACGAUGAAAUAUUAAAACUCAGAAGAGUAAUAAUAACGAACUUUGCGAGUCUUAACGAUAAAUCGACCUUCUCGCCAAGUAUCCAGAAAAUGUAUGUUCGAAAUCGAAUAAUGUUCAUAUUUUUUUAAUGAGCGUGGCACUACGAACCUUUAAGGAUUAAGCUGCGUCUCACCUUAUACACUUUGUGUAAAUCGUAUACUAAAGAUACGCGAGAAACGAAUAUGCUAAACGAAGCAAAUUAUUUAUUUAUUUGAUUUUAAUUAUUAUUUAUUAUAUAUCGCUCCGAUAUGUGUAUUGAUUUAUCGAUAGUUAACGAAAUACUUUUUCUCAAAGUAUUUAUUUUUAUAAAUAAUCGCGCAAGAAGCGAUAAGGGGCGUUAAUUGUAAUAUAGAGUCCACCAUGUAAAUGUCUGACCACAGCUGCCAUUUCUCGUAUCACAUUUUGAAUAGCCUUAUCUAUAUAUCAAAAGUGACGUCAAAGUCAUCCGAUCAUUAUAUUAUUAUUGUUCGAACCAUCGUGGAAGAGUCAUUCUCUCGAUAAAAAUGUUCGCGUGUGAAAUGCAAUUAUUUUUAUCGGCGAGUAAAUAUUGUAAGCUUUUUCCGUUUCGCUUGUUGCGCUUUAAUACGCUUCUCAAUAUCUAUCUUUUUUUAAAUGUUUUUUUUUUCCAAUUACACAAAUUUACAUAAUUUCUCAUUCCUUUGUAUUUCUUUUUCUCUCUCUUUUUCUUUCGAUAUGUAUUACAUAUUGGGCACACAGAGUUAAAUAAUAUACGAGAAACACGCCAAAACAGAACACAGACUGCUGGAACAGUAUACACUAAAUAAUGAUAAACGACGAAACACGCACACGCACUUUCUCACAUGUACAUGUACACUGAACAAGAAGAAAUAUACGUAAAAAAGGAAGGCGUUCAUCUUGAAACAUAUAUACGUAUCAGGUCUACCGGGAAAGUCUUUCGAAUUUUUUUCAAAGAUGAAAUUCGAGUAUUCGACAGAGAUGAACAAAGUCUUUGAACACUUUGUUACUGAACAGUUGUCAAAUAAACAAAUACACAUCAUCAUUUAUACACACGUAAUUGUAAUUAUAUUAUUAUUAUUAUUAUUAUUAUUAUUAUUAUUAUUAUUAUUAUUAUUAUUAUUAUUAUUAUUAUUAUUUUACAAUAUUUAUAUGAAAUUGCGACAAUUCGAAAAUGGAAGCCUUACUAAAAGCACGGCCGCCUCGCGUUGCAUUACAUUUAUCAGCUAUUAUUGUAUACUUGUUUUGCCCACAUUUCAUCUUCCUAAACUAGAUUAAUAACAAAUAACAUUGUGAGACAAGAAUAUCGGGGAAAAUAAAGAAAUCUUUGAAAAAAA